CACAAGUAACCGUACAACUAGCAAAGAGAAAGGAAAGAAGGAUUCCAAAACACAGAUAGGAUCCAAACAACUAAGUGACAAGAUACAAAAGGAAAACUUGAGGAAUAGCGCUGGUUGCAUGUGAGACAAUUGCAUGUGAGACAAUAUUGUGUCGUGGUUGUAUCAUGACGAAGAAUCCCGAAUCGCCACGGGUUUUGUCCCAUCCCGAGCUUGUAGAGAGAAUCGAAGGUCUGGUCCGGGAAGAGAAACAUUUAGAAGCGGUGCGUCUGAUACGAUCGAUCGGAGAUCCAUCCUUGGUAUCCGAAUUCCACCAAAAACUUCUCAACAAGGCCAGGAUCAUCGAGCACGCCGUGGCCGAACUUCUUUCUUCCCCCCAAGAAGAAUGGAUCAAACAAGGCGAGUCUCACGGGCGGUAUGACUUCACGAUAUAUUACAAGGUCGAAGACGGAGCUCGGCUGACUUGUCGCAUAGAGUCACCUGUUCCUUGCAGUCUCUUGGUACCAUUGCUCAGUGUCUUGAACGAGAGCGAUCUCUACAGCACCUGGAUACCUUCGUGGCAGACCCCCAUCAAAUUGGGGGUGCAUGAAUCAAACCAGCUGCUCCACGACAGCCGGGGUCACCAGGUCAUCCAGGUCGUUGCCUCGGUUCCCUGGCCAAUGAAGCCGAGAGAGGCUCUGUUUUCGGUGCAGGCCGUGGACGAUAUUGACACGAAUGGAUUCAUUGUCGCAACGAUGACUACCAUCGACGACUCGGAGGAAGGAGAAACGGUGAAGAAAACCCUACCCAAUGAUUUCGAUGUUCCCGGACCAUCGCUGGGAACAGUGCGCUGUGACUUCAACGGAAGUCUUCUCUUCCGGAGCUGCCCGCUCGAUCACCCCAACUACGAUGCCACMCGACGAAAGUUUCCCCAGGACGACCUGAUUUUGUUGCAAUUUAUUAUGCACAUAGAUGCGAAAAUGACCAUGGUGCCCCAGACCAUGAUMAAUUUUGUCACGCGUACAGCCUUGGGUAUUAUUUGGAGCAUGCUGCUGAGGGUUGCCGAAGAAGUGCGCGACGGAGGCAGAGAGGAACACCGUCGUGUUAUAUCCGAGAAGGCCGACUUUUACCGUUGGGUCGAAGAACGAUGCGACUACAUGCUGCACACUAUCAAUACAAGCAGUGACGCCGAUAGAAACAAUGAUGCGACACGUGGCAAAGCGCAGCGUCGACAACAAGAUCAUCAAGAAGAGAAUCACUCAGUAAAAUCACARAACAUUGAGAGAGAAAAGAAACCUUGGACACUUCAAGACGUGCUUCGGAUGAAUAUGUAAAUUUGUAAUGUAAAGAACUUUUUCACUGCUUACAUUUGAUUGAAAUGCAUGCGUCAAGUUACGUAACAUGUUAUCUUCUACGCUGAAUGUAGCGAAUAGUUUACCAAAACUAUUUUCCUUUUUUCGCCAAGUGCAGAAACUAGAAAUACAGUACAAUUCUAUUAGUCUUAGUUAGUGCUUUCCACACGCAUACAUGCACGAACAWUCGUGAAAUUUUGCGGAAAGCUAACACUUCUAAUCCGAGGAAUCAUGGCCUUUUACUGAAAGGAUAUCCCAUUGAAUAUCUUCUGGCACAAGGUCCAAAUCCACCUCCAUAUCGGGAAACAAUUCAGCCGUGGUUUCAAAGACUAGGUCCUGGCGAGAGCAUUCACCAUAAUGCCAUGCAAGCCUACCAUCAUUGUCAUGCUCCAGAAGAGAUUGUGCGUAUGCAUCGAUUAGUAGCUUAAGAAUUGCUGGGCUGCAUGAUGGCGACGCAGAUGCCAUGUGGAUCGGUAGGCGGCCAUUGUUGUCCUUCGUCGAUAAUUGUUGAAUGCAAGAUUGGUCACUCGUCACGGUCGAUGUAACUCCAUCCCCAUCUUGACCAAAGAGAAGGCAUCGAACGAUAUCGUAUGCACCCUUAGAUUUUGAUAAUACCGCGUAGUGAAUUGGAAGCCGACCGUGCAAAUCUUGUCGAAGCCGCGCAUCGGGCUCUCCAAGCAACCACUGACGAACGUUGGAUUUCUUCGUCGACUUAGAUAUUAGCGAAGGGUACAAUAUUUCGCCGUUGAAUACGGUUGAAUCAAAAAUACAUCUGCUUCGACUGGGUGCAACCUGCUCCGGCCACUUCCGCAGCAAGCUAUAAAUUUGUGAUAGCGAAUGAUUUUGUGUGCAAGCCAAAAAAAGCGGGGUACUGCCARAGCCGUCUUGGAGUCGUAAACUCGCUCCGCACCCCGCGGCAAGGAUUUCAAUCAACUCGUCGUAACCCGACUUUUCGAGGAGACUGCAUUUAUUCAGCAUCYGGUGGAUUUUGAGAGCGCCAGAUUCGUCGGGGAAUGACAACAGUACGGGGUGUUGCUUCACGAGGAGUUCAACUAUGGCAGGGUUGGGAAUCSUAACUUCCAAGGCAUGGUCAAGAGGAAAGUUUCCGUUGAAGUCUCUAUACUGGCAAGCAUCAGGAAAGCAGAGAAGAAACUGGAUGACAUCCUCUCUUUCGGUCCUCUUCGAUGCUAAGUGUAGUGGCAAUUCGCCGCCCGUUGUUGUCGGUGUGACAAGACACUCGGGAUAAGCGUUGACGAUCUUCGAUAUGACGUCCACUAUAUUAUCGCCCCAUCUUCCCAGUAAAAGGCGGUGAAUUGGCAAAAAACCGUCGUCGUCUGUUUUUUCCAGAGCUUCUGGAUAAGCUCUCAGGAUGAUAUCAAUGAUUUCCGUCUUGUCGGAAAAGAACCUGAAAGCUUUGUGCAACAGUGUUUGACCAUAUAAAAAUUCACGUUUCGC